GCACAUUACCAUAUAUUACGGUACAACGCCGCAAUGAACAUGCUGUUGCCAUGAAUGGGAAAGCUAGUUGCUAAAAUAGCCAGCUAACUAGUUACUUUUCAAAAUCAUAAAGGUAUUAAUAGUUUAUCGAGCUAGUUAUAUCAUAGCGUUUGUACGGAUCAUCUGGAGUUUGAUUAGACAGCUAGUAGAAGCUUCGCUAACAAGUCGAACAGCUAACGACUGACUAGAUAGUGCUAGCCGGCUGUUGCCUCUACUAGCUAACGUUAGCUAACUAAGUUAGCUACCAUCGGCUAGCUAAAAGUCAGAGUUUCACCAUGUUUCACAUUAGCUCACAGAAAAAGUUCUGGACAUUCGACAAUGAAGAAAGUCUGGAACAACUGAGAUAUGAAGCCAACCAGAAAUAUCGCAACAAAAUGUUUGCCAGUGGGAAGCCUGGGGUUAGUGAUGCCUUGUUCCUGGAGGCUCACGAGGAGAACGUCCUUUUCAGACACUAUGAGAAGAGACUCCUUGACUUCUGUAAUGCUUUCAAACCUGUGAUGCCCAAGUCUGUUGUGGGUACAGCUAUCAUGUAUUUCCGGAGAUUUUACCUGAACAACUCACUGAUGGAAUACCACCCUAGAACAAUCAUGCGGAUCUGUGCCUACCUGUCCUGUAAGGUGGAUGAGUUUAACGUGUCCAGCACCCAGUUUGUGGGGAAUCUUGUGCAGGAGAGUGCGGCCGGGCAGGAGAGGGCUCUUGAACAGAUUUUGGAGUAUGAGCUCCUUCUCAUUCAGCAGCUCAACUUCCACCUGGUGGUGCACACCCCCUACAGACCUAUGGAGGGCCUGCUCAUAGACCUCAAGACAAGGUACCCUCUUCUGGAGAACCCAGAGUCUCUGAGGAAGAGCGUUGAUGACUUCCUGACACGGGCCACCCUGACGGACAGUGGGCUGCUGUUUCCCCCAUCUCAGAUCGCCUUGACGGCCAUUCUGAACAGUGCGUCGCGGGCCGGCCUCAGCAUGGAGAGCUAUCUGACAGAAUGUAUGGGACUGAAGGAGGACAAAGAGACCCUCUUAAAGAUGUACGAUGCGAUGAGACGGAUAAAAAGUCUCAUGAAAAAGUAUGAACUUCCGAAACCAGACGAGGUGAACGCUUACAAAGUGAAACUGGAGAGGGUCCAUGCUGACUUUGGCACAAACUCCAACGCGAAAAGAAAGAGAGGAUAUGAGGAUGACGAUCAUGUAGCGAAAGAGCCCCGAAUGACAGAGGAGGAGUGGACUGAUGAAGAUCUGGAUUUGGAUGAAUUAUGAAAACAUUUAGGGCUUUAUUCAAUCUGUAUCACUGAAUUUCCGAUUGAGCGGACAUAUGCAGCGUUUACUGUGAAUGCAGUCUCCCCUCUGCUAACAUUGCCUUUAAAUCACUAAACACUGAACUUCUGCGAAAUGGAUUGAAUCGAGCCCGUUAGUUUGAGCCAAAUAUCACCCAACCCUUUUUGUCACUGAAGGAUCAGCAAUAUUGUCUCAUGGCCUACCCAGUGUGGGAAAGAAUCCACCAUUAGAGAGGACUUGAAGAUUGUUUUUCUUUGUUCUUAUCAGGCCAUACAUUAUGGUCUUGUCAUUUUUUCCUGUAAGAUAAUAAACCUAUUUUUGUACACGUUUUAUGGAGUGUCAAACUUUAAAUACCAAAUGUCUUCAUCUCGUGAUAAUGUAGUACAUUUAUGCGUGAAUAUUUCAUGGAAAGAGUUUAGGCGGGCAACCUUUGUUUACAACAGCACUAGGCUCUGUGAGCAGAGCUUCAAUAUACCAUUUUAAACAGUGCGUUAUGAUAAGGCUGCUCUUCUAAAUCUCAAACCUGGGUUUUCAGGAGAAAUACAUCGCAAAGGAACAAUCCUGAAUGCACUUUGAACAAUCAAUUACCUGGGGAAGAAAAGACUCCAUUAUCUACUUUACAAAAAACUGUUUAAUAAGUGCAUGCAUGUCUGAUACAAUCUGUACUAUUAAAAAAAAUGUACUGCUGUAAACAUUUA